AUGGCGUUGAAUCUGUGCAAGCGGGCUGCCACCCUCAACCCGGCGAAGCUCUCCAUCCUCUCUGCAACUCCUAGAACUCAGCUCAACAAGCGUUGCUAUGCUUCUGCCGCUGCUGUUCCUACUUCUUCUUCCAUUCCUGUCCAUGACCAAGCCCAGAUAAAGCAUGAAGCCUCUCUACCCAAUCCCGACCCUGCCGAGGACUCGCCUACCACCACGUUUUUGAAUCAAAGCACUCCCUUCAUGGUCCCUACCUAUGUCCGACCUCCGCCCAUGAUCGUCAAAGGAGAAGGAAGCAUACUAUAUGACAAUGAAAAUAGAGAAUAUCUUGACUUUACUGCGGGAAUUGCUGUCAAUUCUCUGGGUCAUGCAGAUCCCGAGAUUUCAAGAGUCAUUGCUCAUCAAGCGCAACAACUCAUCCAUGCUUCAAACCUCUAUCACAACCCGUGGACGCCCACUCUCUCGAAGCUGCUCAUACAGGAAACACAGAAACAAUCCCCAGGCUCAGAACUUACCCAAGUCUUUGUUUCAAAUUCUGGCUCCGAGGCAAAUGAAGCUGCCAUUAAAUUCGCAAGAAAGGUGACCUACGCCAAAGACCCAGGGACAACACAGCGUGAAAUUGUCUCCUUCCAUGGCUCAUUCCAUGGUCGAACCUACGGCUCUCUGUCUGCCACUCCAAACAAGAAAUACCAACUUCCUUUCGGACCUAUGUUGCCUGGCUUCCGUUACGGAACCUACAAUGAUGUUGCGGCUGUUAGUGACCUGGUCACCAAGAAUACCGCUGGAGUAAUCGUCGAACCCAUCCAAGGCGAAGGCGGUGUCAAUGUAGCCACUCCAGAGUUUCUGCAAGCACUCCGCAAGCGAUGCGACGAAGUUGGAGCUAUUCUGAUAUUUGAUGAGAUCCAAUGUGGCCUGUCCCGAACAGGAGAUCUCUGGGCCCACACGGCCUCUGGUGUCCAUCCCGAUAUCCUGACGACAGCUAAGGCACUUGGAAAUGGUAUCCCCAUUGGUGCCACUCUUGUAUCUGAGAAGACCGUCACGCAAUACAUCAAGACUGGGGAUCACGGAACAACUUUUGGCGGCAAUCCUCUUGCAAGUCGAGUCGCUCAUCAUGUUUUCGAACGGUUGGCCAAAUCAAAGCUACAGGAAGAAGUCAAGGCUAAAUCAAAACUGUUCUGGGAUGCCUCUCAGACCAUCAACCAAAAGUUCCCAGGGGUUAUCGAGGAGGUGAGAGGACGGGGGUUGAUUGUCGGCUAUCAGCUCAGUGAGAAGGCCAAACCCCGCGCUACCGAGAUCAUUACCGCUGCUAGAGAAAGGGGCCUGUUCGUGAUUACUGCAGGAGAUGGUGUUAUCAGGAUCGUUCCUCCUCUAGUUAUUUCACGCGAACAGAUUGAACGUGGUUUGGCGAUCCUGGAACAAGCAAUGGAGGUUGUCUUCAACCAGCCGAGUGAGGUUGAGCCAACAAAAGGUCAACAAGAGAUGGCCAGUCGAUAA